GCUCUUCUUCCCGGCAACCCCAGCGGCCGGCCGGCGCUCCUCAACAUGGCGGCCGACAGUGAGCCCGAGUCCGAGGUAUUUGAGAUGACAGACUUCACCACUGCUUCGGAAUGGGAAAGGUUUAUUUCUAGAGUUGAAGAAGUCUUAAAUGACUGGAAACUGAUUGGAAACUCUUUGGGAAAGCCACUUGAAAAGGGUAUAUUUACUUCUGGCACGUGGGAAGAGAAAUCAGAUGAAAUUUUCUUUGCUGACUUCAAGUUUUCUAUCACUCAUCAUUAUCUUGUACUAGAGUCCACUGAUACAGAAGGAGAAGAUGAAGUAUUAGAAGAUGCUAUUCCACAAUCUAUGAAAGAUUUGCUGUGUAUGAAUAAUGACUUUCCUCCGAGAGCACAUUGCCUGGUAAGAUGGUAUGGCCUACGUGAGUUUGUGGUGAUUGCUCCUGCUGCACACAGUGAUGCAGUUCUCAGUGAAUCUAAGUGCAAUCUUCUUCUGAGUUCUGUUUCGAUUGCUUUGGGAAACACUGGUUGUCAGGUACCACUGUUUGUCCAAAUACUUCACAAAUGGCGAAGAAUGUAUGUAGGAGAAUGUCAAGGUCCUGGUGUCCGAACUGAUUUUGAGAUGGUUCAUCUUCGAAAAGUGCCAAAUCAGUACACUCACUUAUCAGGUCUACUGGAUAUCUUCAAAUCAAAGAUUGGGUGUCCUUUAACUCCAUUGCCUCCAGUUAGUAUUGCUAUUCGAUUUACCUAUGUGCUUCAGGAUUGGCAGCAGUACUUUUGGCCUCAGCAACCUCCAGAUAUAGAUGCUCUGGUAGGAGGAGAAGUUGGAGGACUGGAGUUUGGCAAGUUACCAUUUGGUGCCUGUGAAGAUCCUAUUAGUGAACUCCAUCUAGCAACUACAUGGCCUCAUCUGACUGAAGGGAUCAUUGUGGAUAAUGAUGUGUAUUCUGAUUUGGAUCCUAUUCAAGCUCCUCAUUGGUCUGUUAGAGUUAGAAAAGCCGAUAAUCCUCAGUGUUUGCUAGGUGAUUUUGUCACUGAAUUUUUUAAAAUUUGCCGUCGAAAGGAGUCAACUGAUGAAAUUCUUGGACGAUCCACCUUUGAGGAAGAAGGAAGAGAAAUGGCUGAUAUAACUCACGCUUUGUCAAAGUUGACAGAGCCAACACCAGUUCCAAUUCAUAAAUUAUCAGUUUCAAAUAUGGUACACACUGCAAAGAAGAAAAUACGAAAACACAGAGGUGCAGAAGAGUCACCCCUGAAUAAUGAUGUCCUCAAUACUAUUCUCUUGUUUUUAUUCCCAGAUGCUGCUUCUGAGAAACCAUUAGAAGGAACUACUUCAGCAGACAAUAGUAAUCUUCCAUCAGACAGUGAAGAUUAUAAUCUCUACAAUCAGUUCAAAUCUGCACCAUCUGACAGUUUAACAUACAAAUUAGCUUUGUGUCUUUGUAUGAUCAAUUUCUACCAUGGAGGACUAAAAGGAGUGGCACAUCUCUGGCAGGAAUUUGUUCUUGAAAUGCGCUUCAGAUGGGAAAACAACUUUCUCAUUCCAGGAUUAGCCAGUGGAGCCCCAGAUUUAAGAUGUUGUUUACUGCAUCAGAAGCUGCAGAUGUUAAAUUGUUGUAUUGAAAGAAAGAAGGCACGUGAUGAGGGGAAAAAGAUAAGUACUUCAGACACUAUAACUAGUACACGUCCAGGGGAUGCUGGAAAAAUUGGAGACCAGCUGGGGCCAGACCAUCUCAAAGAUGCAGAGAAGGGAGAGUUGGGAAAAUCUUGGGAUUCAUGGAGUGAUAGUGAAGAAGAAUUUUUUGAAUGCCUAAGUGAUACAGAAGAACUUAAGGGAAAUGGACAGGAAAGUAGCAAGAAAGGAGGACCUAAAGACAUGGCAAAUUUAAAACCAGAAGGACGUCUCUAUCAGCAUGGGAAACUUACACUGCUACAUAAUGGAGAACCUCUCUACAUUCCAGUAACCCAGGAACCAGCACCUAUGACAGAAGAUCUGUUAGAAGAGCAGUCUGAGGUCUUAGCUAAAUUAGGUACAUCAGCAGAAGGGGCUCACCUCCGAGCACGCAUGCAGAGUGCCUGUCUGCUCUCUGAUAUGGAGUCUUUUAAGGCAGCCAACCCAGGUUGUCUUCUGGAAGAUUUUGUGAGAUGGUAUUCACCCAGGGACUAUAUUGAAGAGGAGGUGACUGAUGAUAAGGGGAAUGUAGUUCUGAAAGGUGAACUGAGUGCCCGAAUGAAGAUUCCAAGCAACAUGUGGGUUGAAGCCUGGGAAACAGCUAAGCCAAUUCCUGCUAGAAGGCAAAGGAGGCUCUUUGAUGAUACACGUGAAGCAGAAAAGGUGCUGCACUAUCUGGCAAUCCAGAAACCUGCAGACCUUGCUCGGCACCUUUUACCUUGUGUGAUUCAUGCAGCUGUACUCAAGGUAAAGGAAGAAGAAAGUCUGGAAAACAUUUCUUCCGUUAAAAAGAUUAUAAGGCAGAUCAUAUCCCAUUCCAGUAAAGUUUUGCACUUCCCCAAUCCAGAAGACAAGAAAUUGGAAGAAAUUAUACAUCAGAUUAUUAGUGUGGAAGCCAUAAUUGCAAGAGCUCGGUCCCUGAAGGCCAAGUUUGGAACUGAGAAAUGUGAGCAGGAAGAGGAAAGGGAAGAUCUUGAAAGGUUUGUGAGUUGCCUGUUGGAGCAGCCUGAAGUGUUAGUCACUGGGGCAGGAAGAGGACAUGCUGGCAAAAUCAUUCACAAGUUGUUUGUGAAUGCUCAGAGGCUGACUGAAUCUUCUGAUGAGGCUGCAGCCAUGGCUCCCCCAGAGGAGGAACUGAAGAGAACAGGCUGCCCAGAGGAGAGAAGGCAGAACUCAUUGUCCGACUUCCCGUUGCCUGCCGGCCGGGAGCUCAUCUUACGUACCACUGUGUCGCGCCCUGCACCCUACUCCAAAGCCCUGCCGCAGCGGAUGUACAGCGUCCUCACCAAAGAGGACUUCAGACUUGCGGGUGCAUUUUCAUCAGAUACAUCCUUCUUCUGAGUCUCCUGGCAUUAUCUUGGCAGUGGCUUCAGAGGCAGCACUGCCUCCUUUUGCCAGGGAGACCCUGUGAGGGGCAGGAAGGGGCUUGUCACAGAACAGUCAGGAGUCACACCAGCACCAUGGUCAGGCUUUAAGGUACCUUGUUGUGGGCAGGGAAACUGGGCUGGCAUUAGUGAAAGAUUCCUGCCGAGAGAUGGCCUUUGUAUAGGGAGCUAAAUUCAUCAGGAGCCCUCUCUUCACUGCAGUUCGACAGCGUUCAUCUUACUCCUCUCUGCAACUCGAUGGGGCUUUGUCCUUGCAUUCACAGUCUGUGUACACACUUAGUCGCAGUAUUAGUAUCAAGUAUGCAAAAUAGAGUACUUGUCUACUCAAAUUUCUAGGUAUUUUAGUGGUAACUUCAAGAACCAGAGUCUGUUUUUAAAUUACUACAUGACUUUGUUUAUUCAGUCACCUGGUGGUCAUCUUUAUUAAACUAAUUAACUUUUGAUGGACAUUUGGAAUAGUCUAGGAGAAAGCCUAGAAUUUUAUAUAGUGUCUUUCCAUGUAACUGCAGCCUGAAUGUCUUCUGAUAAAAUUAAUGAAAUGACACAUCAAAUUAGUUAUAUAUCUAGCUUGUAAGAUUUGUUAUCUCAUCUGUUCUCCUUUGGUUGCCAUGUAAGUUACCAAACUGCGAAGUGUUAAUGCAUCUCUGCUGUACAACAUGCUCUCCCUCUUGGUGGUUGCUACUGGGUACUUACUGUAUUUAAUGAAGUAGAAAUGAGCACAUGCUAAAAAUAUAGCCUAGCUACAUAGAGACUAUCAUGCAGUUAGUAUAAUUAGGCAUACAUGCUAAUGUAACGAAGAUUACUUUAUUGCACUAUCUUGAUUUUUUUAGUUAAAAUGAAAAUAAUCUGUGGGGAUGUAAAGCACCCAGUAUAAGAAUAACAGCACCAUAUUUCUAGAUAUGUGAGGACUGAGGUGUUUCAAGUCUCUAUUGCUCUACAGCCUCUGUUUGGUAAUCUUAAAUUAUUUUUAGGUCUAAAAUUCCCACCUUUAAAGUGAAAAAUCAUUAUAAUGAAGUGUAAAUUCUUCCUGUGUAAUUUUAAAGAAGUGAUAGAGCUCUGCAAAACCCUCUUAGUUUUGUAAAACAAAAAGCUAUACAUAUAUAUAUACGUACAUACAUACAGGGUGUGUGUGUGCACACUUUUGUCUAUACGUGGAUAGGAAGGAGGGUGCUGGCCUCUCAGCCUUUAUAGUACUUUGCUCUGAGACGCCGGACACCAUUGCUCCUGCAAAUCCACACAGAUGCAGCCCUAAGGACUGAGUGCUGGACCAAGCAGGUGUUUGUCUUGAGGACAGAGUUUGUCUGCUUUCAAAGUGUUAAUAACAGAAACUGUAAUGGAGAGGUGGGAUUUUAAAAGGUAUCGUGAAUCUAAUAAAAAGGAAAGUGAUGUUUCUGUG